AUGGCUUGUGGAUUGCAAAACUACGAGGACGGUGACAUGCCCGCGGCAGAACUUGAGUUCCUAACGAAAUGGAGCAGGUUUUCCGACUGGUUGCACUGCAUAUGUGUUGUUACGUUCGAUUUGGAGCUCGGACAGGCGAUGGAAAGUGUGUAUCCUCCUGGUGUGAAACUCACAGAUCAAGAAAAGUGCAAUAUUUGUUAUUUGGCGUUCCCUGACUCAAAUUCAGGGUGUAUGGGAGACACUCAGUUCCAUGUCCGUCUGCGUUCGCGAACGGGGCUGACGCGGCAGCAACUCUUGUACAAUGAGGAUAGUGUGCCUACACUGCGCGCUGAUUCUACGCACUACUGGGGCUUCGUGUACUUCAGACAAGUGAAGGACCCGUCGCUGCCGCGCGGAUACUUCCAGAAAAGUAUAAUUUUACUUACUAGAUUACCUUUUAUAAAUCUAUUUUAUAAAGUAAUACAGUUGAUUGCUCCCAAACAUUUCGAGGAAGGGGAAAGGAGCCUAGAGGCUGCAUGCCAUGACAUUAACAGGUGGCCUUCACUCGACGCCGGCCAGAAUGUGUUAUUACCUGUGCUUGGUACAGUUUUUCAGUCAUACAUUCCUAACCAACAGACCGGAAAGAUUACUCGAUCUGAUAUAGCCAAACAAGUUCACUCUCCUAAUGUACCACAUAUACUUGCAUCCAUACAGGAUGUCAAUGUAUUUGAUGUGUUAUCUAGUGUCAUCUCACACUUACACUUGUUGUGGGAAUUAGUGCUAACAGCAGAACCUAUUGUUGUAAUGGCCAGUUCACCUACAGAAUGUUCCGCUUUAGUUCAAGCCCUCACUUACUUAAUCCAGCCACUGCCAUAUGCAGCAGAAUAUAGACCAUAUUUCACAAUACAUGACAGUGAAUUCAAAGAGUUCACGAGGAAACAAUUCAAUCCGCCGUGUGUAAUACUAGGCGUGACCAAUCCAUUCUUUACGAAAACAUUACAACAUUGGCCACACACUAUUAAGCUGGGUGAUGCUACAUCAAUAAAAACGAAACUACGAAAAGUUGGUAAUCUCAAGCUAUUAGAUACUGCUCCUGGAGUAUAUACUCAAUAUAAGCCAUUUUUAGAGAAAGAUAAAGCAAUUAUUAAGAAACUACAUAAUGGGAUAAGAACUGACCGCCCAUCUGAGGUGCAGACUGCUAUGGUCAAGAGACACUUGCUUGAACUGACUCAAAGCUUCAUGAUUCCUUUAGAAAGGUAUAUGGCAUCUCUAAUGCCAUUGCAGAAGAAUAUUUCGCCAUUCAGGGCACCUCCAGUACCAAAUCCGUUCAACCCUGAGGAUUUCUUUGCAACACUACAACAGUCUGGGCCUCAACUGACAACUGGUAUAAAAGGCGAUUGGAUUGGACUGUACAGGAACUACUUCAGAACACCAAACUUUAGUGCAUGGUUCCAUGAAAGACAUAACAAUUUGACAAAUAAAUUACAUGCUUUGCAAUUAGAGGCUUUAGCUGAAAGUGACUUGAAGAAAUGGUCGGUAGGAAAAAAGGAAGUUGAGAUUGUGGAUAUGGUCUUGAAACUUAGGGAGGUGUUGAAGAGUAACCCUCCAGUGGCUGAUAAUACUAGGACAUUGUUGGCAAGGCGAUUGGAGGACUUGAAUUGUGUGCUGCCAGAGGAUAUGAAGUCUAUAUUGAAUGCGGCCACGUGA